AUGCUCUCAAGAAAAUUUUUGUCUCCACAGCUCUUGAAGAGCUGCCAAAAACGGCUCACUCCCAGGUUCCCAUCAUUAUCCACCACCAAUGUUUGUUGGAAUUCCACGGUUUCAGUGAACAAAAAGAAAAACGUUGAUGAUAAAACCACAAUUUCUGCAAAUGCUUCGCUUUCCAACAAAUCGAUCUCGACAAAACAGCAGCUUUACACCCUAUCGCCGUACUCACCAGGGUCGAUCUUUUUCUUACCGAAUGGGGCCAAACUUUUCAAUAAGUUGAUUAAUUUUAUUAGAAUCCAGGAGGUGAAGAAAUUAGGAUUCGAUGAAGUUAUGACCCCAUUAAUGUACAAGAAAGAGUUGUUUGAAAUCAGUAAUCAUUGGAAAUACUAUAAUGAGGAUAUGUUCAAGAUCUAUAGAAAUGCCCAUGAGGAUGGUGGUUGUAAUGAGCACGAGCACGAGCACGAACACCAGCAUCAUCAAAAAGAAGAAAAUGAAGUCUAUGCUUUAAAACCAAUGAAUUGUCCUGGUCAUUGUCUUAUAUAUAAGCAAUUUCCAAAGACCCAUAAUGAUCUUCCUGUGAGAUACAGUGAUUUUUCAUCGUUGCAUCGUAAUGAAGCAUCAGGGGCGCUUUCUGGAUUGACCAGAGUUAGAAGGUUCCAUCAAGAUGAUGGUCAUAUUUUCUGUAGUUUCCAACAUUUGGAAUCAGAAAUUCUUGCUAAUUUGAAGCUCGUGGAGCUCAUUUAUGAGAAAUUCGGGUUGGGAGAUUUCAAGAUCUUGCUCAGUACCAGACCUAAAAACAAUAAAUUCAUUGGGAAAGAAGAGGAUUGGGAAAAAGCCGAAGGAAUCCUUAUAGAUAUUUUAGAAAAAGUCAAUAAGAAGUGGGAGCUUAAUGAAGGGGAUGGUGCCUUCUAUGGUCCGAAAAUUGAUAUUAUCUUGAAAGAUAAAUUUGGAAAGUUCCAUCAAACCGCCACCAUCCAACUCGAUUUCCAAUUACCAAACAACUUUGGAUUGAAAUAUUUCAACGAAAAGGGUGAACCAGAAACUCCGAUUAUUGUUCAUAGAGCGAUUUUUGGAUCGGUGGAAAGAUUUUUGGCGAUUUUGAUCGAUAAUUAUGAAGGGAAAUGGCCAUUCUGGUUGAAUUCCAACCAAAUAAAGGUGGUUCCAGUAUCCCCAGAGAAACAUUCGUGGUAUUGUAAAUACAUUGAAGAUUACUUGAGUAACAACGGGAAACCAGACCAUACAUUACAAGAGUACAAGGCAAUGGCAGCCACUGACGAAGUGAAUGUGGAUAACUAUUACAAAGAAUCUAAUAGUUCCCUUGGGAAAUUCAAGAAACUCUCUCCAUUAACAAGCUACGAUUUCAAUAUUGAAGUCGAUGAUCGGGCAGAAUCGUUGGGUAAAAGAAUCAAGGACGCUUAUAGUAAAUCCUUUAAUUAUUUGGUGACCAUCGGUGAUGCAGAAUGUGAAUCAGCAUUGAAGGGCUUGGAAAGCGGUGAAGAAAGUGACCUUGUUAUUAGUUUAAAGGGAUUACAUGGCAAGGACAAGAACAAGGUAGAGAAGCUUGGAUUGAAACACGCUUUAGAAAAAUUCAUUGAAUUGGAGAAGAAUUAUGAAUAA